UAGAUUUGAGAGUAGAAUACGGGGGAUUAACAGUAACAAAUCUCCGAACAUAUUGGACAAGCUAAGAUCCAAUAGGAUAUACUGUGAUGAUAGAUUUAUUUUUGACGGGAGAUGAUAGAUUUAACUCUUUUUUUUUUUUUGAAAAGAGAUGAUAGAUUUAACUAAUAGCGUAAUAAAAUCAUAAAGGCAGUAGUAUUGGAUAAAUAUCAGGAGUAAAAAUAUAAAAUAAAAUAAAAUUAAAAAAAAAAAAAGGUACUCGUAGUCGUAGUAGGCAAAAGGGUGGCCCUUUCCUCGCAAAAAACUGGUUGCAGAUUUGCAGAGUUGAAAAAUGAAAACCCCAGUAGUAGAGUAUUAAGUAUUAAGUAUUAAGUGGGGUGUGCGCUGUUAUACCCCUAAUUUUGACACCCGAAACAUCCAUCCCACCCAAGCAGCAGCAGCUGCUAUGCCUAUGCCUCCCUUUGAAUUUAUUCCUUGAUUAUCUUCUCUUUCGGAAUUAUGGAAUCCACGACUACCCGCUCCAAACCUCGCCGUAAAAUCAUUUACGCCGGCAUUGUUCUCCGGCGCCGGUGGUGUCUCCGGUACUGGUUGAUCUUGCCGCUGCUUUACCUUUUAGGUUUGAUACUUUGUGCUCGUCCUCUCUCUCGACUCUUCUUCCCUCUUCCUCCUCCUGGCUCUGUCUACCAUAGUCAUCAGAUCUUCCACAACCUUCGUCUCCGUAUUCUCACCGACGAUUCCCCUGCUAUUCAGCUAUCUAGUCUCUGGAUGUAUAAAAAAUUGAAAAUUGAAAAGCCUUGCAAAAUCACGUACGAAGAAACACGAAUGGAGAGGUCAGAAAAUAAUGGAUAUUUGAUUGUUGAGGCUAAUGGAGGCCUUAAUCAGCAGAGAUCUUCGCAAACACUAUCGCAUUUCUAUGUAGAAAUAUAUAGUACAAAUGCUGAUUGUUCUGCGUUUCUGAUUCAGAUAUGCAAUGCAGUGGCCGUUGCUGGGUUUUUGAAUGCCACAUUAGUAAUUCCCCGUCUUGAAUAUCACAAUGUCUGGAUGGAUCGAAGUCAUUUUGAUGAUAUCUAUGACGAGCAGCAUUUUAUAAACACUCUUGCUGGCUUUGUGAGGGUGACUCGGGAACUACCUAGAGAACUUAUGGAACAAUAUGAUUAUGAGAUCAGUAAUGUACCUAUUGUCCAAGUCCCUGCUUGGUCUUCCAUCAGUUACUACCUUGAAGAAGUUUUUCCCAUCUUACGGAAUCAAGGGCUUGUUCGCAUUGCUCCUUUUGCCAAUAGAUUGUCAAUGUAUAUUCCUCCAGACAUUCAGUACUUAAGGUGCCUUGCAAACUACAAAGCUUUAAAAUUUGCACCUCCUAUAUCGGCACUUGCCAAAAGUAUAAUCAAGCGCAUGGUUGAGAAGAGUCCAAAAUCCGAUGGUAAAUAUGUUUCAGUUCACCUCCGUUUUGAAGAGGACAUGGUUGCAUUCUCAUGCUGCAUAUACGAUGGAGGAAAGAAAGAACAGUUUGAAAUGGACUUUGUCCGAGAGAAAGGAUGGAAGGGGAAAUUUAGACGCAGGGGCACAGUAAUCAAUCCUGGCUUCAAUCGAAUCAGUGGAAAAUGCCCGCUUACCCCUGUGGAGGUUGGAAUGAUGCUUAGAGGAAUGGGGUUCGACAACAAUACAUUGAUCUAUUUGGCAUCAGGAAAACUAUAUCAGGAGGAGAGUCAGUUAAGUCCCCUAUUGGAGAUGUUUCCGCUUCUAUAUACCAAGGAGUCUCUUGCAUCCCCUGAAGAGCUUGCUUAUUUUAAGGGGUACUCGUCUAGAUUGGCUGCUCUGGACUAUGCAGUAUGCUUAUUCAGCGAGGUUUUCUUGACCACUCAGGGUGGAAAUUUUCCACAUUUUCUCUUGGGUCAUCGCAGAUAUAUCUAUGGGGGGCAUGCAAAGACUAUCAAACCCGACAAGCAGAAACUUGCUCUUCUGUUUCAUAACACAAGCAUCAGUUGGCAAGAGAUUAAGGAUCAAGUCAAGGUGAUGCUAGUAGAAAGCAACCGGGAAGGACUUAUGAUGCCAAGAAUAAAAAAAUCUAGCAGGCACAACUCAAUUUACAAAUACCCAUUUCCACAGUGUAGAUGUCUUCAAGAAGCUCAAAAUCUUACUGUAAAUAGAGCAAAUGUGGGUGAUGUGCUGGAUCACCAGCUAAAGCACAUAAUUUGAUACGGCUAUUCUUUUGUGAUACCAGCAUGCCAUGCCAAACGAACAUACCUUGGUAAUUUAGUAUAGAUAAAGGACCUAGUGGAAACUUCUGGACGAGGCCAUUCUCCAGACUCCAGUGAUUUUGCAUGAGUCAGGCCAAGUUUUGUCUUAGAGCCACACCGGUAGAGGUAUUAUCAUUCAACAAAUUCUUCAAGACUCAAACAGAAAGUCCAUGUCCCAUUGCUGAUAGUUUGUGCCCGAAUUUAUUUAAACAAAGUGGGAUACUUGCUACAGCUAUGGACUCUGGUGCAGGUAAGUUUAUAUCCAUUAUGAUGAUGCAUUUUUAACAUUAGAGGUUGCUGAAUAGGAAAACCAUGAGUUGAUGAACCUGCUACCUUGAAAGGCUCUAAGCUAGGACAUUCCUUGGGCCAAUUUUGAUGUAACCCAUUGGGGCAACUACCCCUAAAUUUUUUUUGUUGUCCCUAAUUGUUAAUAAUCUUUUUUUGUUAGUAUAAUACAAGUAUUACAGUAGCCCCUCUUAUAGAAAUUUUCUGUUUGGAGAUGACAUGUUAUCCUUCUUUUGUUAGUAUAGUAGAGUGUUACAGACUUACAGUAGCCCCUCAAAUAGAAAUUUUCUGUUUGGAGAUGACCAGUUAAACCUUC